AUGGCGAUCCAACCUAGUGAUCUUCCUCCCAAGAAGACUGACCCAGGGGUAUUCACGCUCCCCAUUUCCAUCAGAGACGUUCAAAUGGAGUACACAAUGUGCGACCUAGGGGCUUCCAUCAAUAUUAUGCUGUAUUCUAUACACGAAAAGCUGGGAGAGGCUAAGCUUGUCAAAACUGGCAUGGUGAUACAGCUAGCGGACGAGUCUUGCAUUCGCCCAGAGGGAAUUCUGGAAGAUGAAAUCGUCAAGGUUAACAAAUUCAAGUAUCCCACCAACUUCUUCGUCAUGAAGAUGACAGAGCCAGGAGCAGAGGAAUCUACCGGAGUUCUUUUGGGAAGGCCAUUCCUAUCCACAGCUAGCACAGUCAUCGACGUCCGCCAUGGGACGAUGAAGCUGGGUUUUAAUGGAGAACAGCUUACAUUCGAUAUUGAUAAAGCUGUGAGGAAGUCACACGACGGCGAGAGCAUACAAUCGAUAGACGCUAUCAGUCCUUGGGAACGAAAGUAUCUAGAAAAUGAACCCUUCAAAGAACCACCAUCUGGUUCCACUGAAGAUAAACAGCUUAAGAGGGAAGCAGCUGAAUGGUUCGAGGCAACAAUGAAUUGGGAAAUGGAUGAUCAAGCCAUCGAAAGAGAAAUUAUAGAUUUCUGUAAACCACCGCGACCAGCUGAGUCAGAAGAGAUCACUCAACCGGAAGGGGUCGAAGAACCACCUGACCAAGCCGCCUCGUUGAAAGGAAUGCUGAAGGAAAAUCCCUCACCUACAAGGCAACUAUUGCCUUUACCUACAUCACCAGUUACCCUCAAAAGCCUGUCCAACCAGGCGUAUCAAGAACCAGUCAAACCAAGUCUGCAAGGACAGAGAGAACAGUUGAUGGAGAAACUGAGGCUGGGUCAGAAUGUGGUCAAGUGGAAGACAGCAAAGGUUAACCCAGAUCUGUGCAUGUAUCCCUCCAUGAUAGAAGAAGGAGUGACAUCCCACCUUGAUCGACAACGCAGACUCGACCCCGCUUUAAGAAAGGAAGAGCUCAUAGCGGGGCAGGAAGAGCUACUCUUCUAG